AGUGUUCUUGGGACCAAAUGAAGGAAGAGGGUUGGAUGCAGAACUUUUGCUUAUUAUCUGUACAUUCAUCGACUCCUCCCCUUCAACUGAUGCCCUCAAGUUUAGCGACCCUGCAUAAAGCACACUUCCAAAAUUCUGCAGAAUUGGGGUAGGAAUGUCACCAUUGCAUGGGGAUGCCUCAUUGAUGGACAUUAACUCCUUCAGCCCUAUGAUGCCAACAUCCCCUUUAUCAAUGAUAAACCAAAUCAAGUUUGAAGAUGAGUCAGAUUUAAAGGAUCUCUUCAUUACAGUUGAUGAACCUGAAAGCCAUGUUACUACAAUUGAAACUUUUAUUACUUAUAGAGUUGUUACAAAGACAUCUCGUGGGGAAUUUGACUCUAGUGAAUUUGAAGUUAGAAGACGUUAUCAAGAUUUCCUUUGGUUGAAGGGAAAACUUGAAGAAGCACACCCAACUCUCAUCAUUCCACCAUUACCAGAAAAGUUUAUAGUGAAAGGAAUGGUGGAGCGUUUUAAUGAUGACUUCAUUGAGACCCGCAGGAAGGCAUUACAUAAAUUUUUGAAUAGAAUCGCUGAUCAUCCAACUUUAACAUUUAAUGAAGACUUCAAGAUUUUUCUCACUGCGCAAGCUUGGGAGCUCUCUUCUCACAAGAAACAAGGACCUGGGUUGCUGAGCAGGAUGGGGCAAACAGUCAGAGCUGUCGCAUCCUCCUUCAGAGGCGUAAAAAACCGCCCAGAGGAGUUCAUGGAAAUGAAUAAUUUUAUUGAAAUAUUUAGCCAGAAGAUUAAUUUAAUAGAUAAAAUAUCUCAAAGGAUUUACAAAGAAGAAAGAGAAUAUUUUGAGGAGAUGAAAGAAUACGGCCCCAUUCAUGUUCUGUGGUCUGUAUCAGAAGAAGAUCUGGUUGACACGCUGAAAGGUAUUGCCAACUGCAUUGACAAGUGCUGCACGGCUACUGAAAAGCAGAUGUCUGGACUCUCUGAGGCCUUGCUUCCUGUCGUGCAUGAGUACGUGCUUUAUAGUGAGAUGUUAAUGGGUGUUAUGAAAAGAAGAGACCAAAUACAAGCAGAACUGGAUUCCAAAGUUGAAGCUUUGUCAUAUAAAAAAGCAGAUACUGAUCUGCUUACAGAAGAGAUUGGAAAACUUGAAGAUAAAGUGGAAUGUGCCAAUAAUGCCCUGAAAGCAGAUUGGGAAAGAUGGAGACAAAAUAUGCAAAAUGAUAUCAAGUCAGCCUUUACAGACAUGGCCGAGGAGAACAUCCACUAUUAUGAACAGAUCUUUAAAAGACAGUCUGACUUAAAAGAAAUGAGCAGUCCUGAAGAAUGGAGAGUGAAACAGAUACAGAACCAGUGCCUUGCUACAUGGGAAUCAUUCCUUACAACACAGACUGACCUUCACUUAGAAGAAGACUCUGAAGAUAAACUUUAAUCCAAUUGAGGACUACUGUUUGAUUUUUGGGAGACAGCAUCUUUGAACCAAAGUUAUGCUUUCUGAAUCAGCUGUGCCCAUUGUAAACUGGAUGGAAAAUAUUUCACACUAUCUGGAAAACCAACAACUUGAAGACUCAGGUAUUCCAGGUCAUUGACAUGAAUUUGGAGCUAUAUCUAUCUAUCAAUCUAUAUGGAUCUAUUAUAUGACAUAUUAAUAUAGAUAUAUAGGUCUAUUAUAUUAUAGAAAUAGAUAUAUAUCUAUAUUGAUAAACAUUUAGCUUAACUUUAAUUAUGUUCUUAAAUUUAUGUGCCAAUAAUUGCAUAGAGAUUUUUUUUCUUGAAUAUUUGAUUGUGAAACAUGACAU